AUGGCUGGAGUGAUGAAAGUGGCGCAUAGACGAAGCACUGGAAACGAUAUUAUUUACGUGAUGUGCCUGAUAGGAAUGUAUCGGGGAAACCUUCUGAAGACUCCUUGUUAUUGUCUGAUGUUCUUCAACGGCAUUGUCGACAUCAUGGAUCUUGUUGCAGGAUCAUUUCUCGCAGCCUACUUUCAUUUUACCGGAGCAGUCUUCUGUACUUCCGUAGGUAUCAACUGGUUCGCUGGAUAUUUUUCAUGGUGUGUAUGGUCGGGAGCCUCUUUCAAUUGUGCCGUGCUGGCGUUGAACCGUGUUGUUGAAAUGAUUCCUUCUUUUCGGUCUCUUCGAUUUUUGUUUCGAGGAAAAUCGUUAUAUAUUUGGAUGGUACUAUCGGUAGCGUACAUGAUGGUUCUACCAUUCAUCACACGAUCGCAUCCUUUCAAUUCAGUAAUUAGCACUUACGUCUCGUCUCCAAUGAUCACCGAUGAUGCUGCCAAACUAUUUAUUCAAGCUUUGCUUAUCUGUAUAACAACAGCAAUAACAGCGCUUUCUUAUGUUGUCCUGGGAUUCUUUCCUAUAUCACGAGGCGUCGUCAUUGCCGGGAAUGUUUUCUGGCAAAUGAGUCACGGACUUCAUGCUGUGAUUUAUUUUUGCUUCAAUCAAAGCAUACGUAGUGAAGUGCUGUGGAUGUGCAGAAGAAAGAAGUCGCCAGCCAUUGUGAGCGUCUCGGCCGCUGUCGAAUUUCGAAAACGAUGA